AUGAGUGUGGCUUAUCGCUUGGGUGCUAGCGUACUGGUUCGUGAGCUCCUGUCAUGGGCUGACAAUUGGUUGGGGCAUCGCGCGCUUGGAGGUGUCCACCGUCGCUCCACCAGGGAUGCUUUUCUUCGACUGGUCGAGGCCAUGGAUGCGGAUUACAACGUUUAUGUCAGCCAGGAUGUUACGAAGUUUUUCGCCAGCAUUCAUGGGGGCCACUUGUUGCUGCUUUUAGAGCACCUUGCUGCACCUGUGUGUCUGCGUGACUUUGUGCGAGCCAUGCUUCAUGAUCAUCGGCUGAUCGAGGCCAUGUCCUUCGUGGACGACAGGGCGUUUUGGAGCUCUUCAGAGACGCAUCUUCAAGUUGCCAAGGUUCAGAGUGACCUCUUCGAUCGGACGUUCAAUUUUCGUUGCGAUGUGGCUAAGUGUCAUGUGGCUUCCCGCAAAAACGAGCUAGAAACCUUGGGCGUGGCCUUUGAUUUGCGUGGCAGGAGCCUUCCACGUCUGUCGCGAUACACCUUUGACAAGGCCAAUGCUCGGUUGUUGUGCAUACGUGCGGUUUCAGACUUCUUGCCACGCCAGGCAGCUGUGGUUCGGGCCCUGGUGUUGCCUUUGAUGUCUUGGGCUGGGGCUAUGGCGAGCAUUGAGCCCAACCAGGACGCCUCGAUCCGGUUUGCUGCACGUAGGUGGCCAGACCUGACGCUGGUGGCGGUGGCUGUGAUUCGCGAGUUGGGGUGGUGGUGUGUAGAGCGUGGUGCCAUCGUACGUAGGCUGGAUGAGAGAGGCUGCGUCAGGUCAUUUCAUUUGGGCUUCGGUUCCAAGAGCAUCCUAUAUAAUGAGUGGUUGAUCGACUGGCGUCGCAGGGCUAUUCUGAACAACGCUUUACGUGUGCGACGAUUGCGAUGCUCUUUGCGCAGGCGAGAGGACCAAGUGAAUCUUGCGCAGGGUGCUGCUUUGCCGGGAGUUCCUCCGAAUUCCCUGUGUGUGUACUCUGGUCACCGGAAGAUUUUCUCAGAACUGCGUGCCGUGCGCUCAUUAAUCGUCCCGAAGAACGAAUGCUCGCCAAGAUUUCCUGCUCCGCCGUGUGUGUUUGAUGAUGACGAGGUGCUCCUGAACAUAGCCCGCGACAUUGAGCGUCAGCUACGUGAAAGUGGCUUUGCCUAUGUGGGCACCCAUGGUAGUACCGUGGUUGAGGUGGCGGCUUGGUCGGUUGUCGUCGCAGAUGGAAUGGAACAUGCUUCAGGCGUGAUUGGCGAGGACCAGCCUCCGUAUCGUGCUGAGCUUGAAGGGAUCCGUCGUUCGCUCACGGCGCUCCGUUCUUGCAACGUAUCUGGGAGAGUUGUAGUGAUUGCUGACUGCGCCGCCGCGAUUUCGGCAACUAGGGGAAAUGGCCGUGCGCGCAAACUUGUCCAGGAAAUCCUUGACCAUUUGGCAGUCGUCAGGGAAAGGCGCAUCGUGAUAUCCUUCCACUGGGUCCCCAGCCAUGGCAAACUUGCUCCGGCCAGCUGGGUACCGCCGCCGUGUGGCGAGAUGCAGGCUCGGGCUCUCAACGCUGCGGCGGACCAUGCAGCUCGAAAUCACGCGGCGCUCAAGGCCCGGCGUAGUGCUCGGGAGGCUUGUGCUAUCGCUCGCAGGGAGGCGGAAACUUGGGAGGUAGCAGUGAUCAAGGCUUUGGCAGAGAUCGCUGAGGUCUACGAUGAGGUUUAG